GCGCGCAGAGCAGAACUGAUCCGCGCGCUACUUACCGUUUGUGAUCGAGUCGCUUGAGCUCGGGUCUCUGGGAGAGAAACAGUUAGUCAAGAUUUUAUACAACCAAACACGGAACUGAGGACCUAAAUAAAAAGAUAUCUUACCGCUGUGGAUUUCGGCAGCAAAUAACAUUUAGCAGCCAGGAAUUUUUGGAUGGUGGAAGAAUCAGUAAUAACAGUGCAUUCCCUCUAUGUGGUAUCCUGAAGCCCUCUCCAACAGGACCAGGAGGCACCAGACUGACGACGAAAAGUGCUGAAAGAGUGAAUACAGAAAGAAGAAGGAUCGUAAAGGACAUGCACAGAAUGGUGCUCUGGAGGGGAGAGCAGAAGUGUUCUACACUGGAAUGACCUCCCACACACACUCUCACGUGGUUUCUAUGGGGAUUUCAGCAUAGCUGCACUCUGCUGGAUGGGAGGUGCUGUGUUUCCGUGCCAUCUGAUCGCUCUGCUCUGAUUGGCCAGUAUUAUUCAGUCGCCGCACUGCCGUUGGUCAGGAUGCCAGCAAAAGGGAAGUACUUGCUGAAUGAGCAGAUGUUAAAACAGGAAGCACUGUACAGGAAAUUUUCUGGCAUUAGCCAAUACCAGCCAUUCGUUCUGUUGCUGGGACUGAGCAUGCUCACCUGUGCCACACUGCUAGUGCUCUUCUUCAGUCUGAAACUGGAUGCAAAGAUCCAUGGCGUAUUUGUGGGAGUUGUGGGAGGAGCGUUGUGUUUGUUUCUGGCUGUGUUUAUACUAAUGUGUACAGAGACCCUCUCUCAGAGAUGGAGAACUUUACUUGGCCUUGCCGUGUGGGCCACACACCUCACAAUGGGAUUCACCUUUAUUUUCAGCACAGGAUCCGAAAUACCAAUACAACCAUGGGACCAGGUGCCCUUCUUCCUCUUCAUCAUCAUUACAGUCUACACAAUGCUGCCAUUCCAGAUGAGCUAUGCUGUGGCCCUGAGUAUCAUCUCCUCUCUGUCUCACAUCAUUGUUCUUUCAGUGUACAUCAAAGUGGGUGGGAUACCCCGCAAUCUCACCAGUCACCACAUCACCAAUCAGUUGCUGUCAAAUGCUGUGGUGUUUGUUUGUGGAAGUAUGGUUGGUGCAUUUCAUAAGGUUCUGAUGGAGAAAGCGCUCAUGCAGACAUUUCAGGAUACUCUUCGCUGCCUUGGCAUUCGCAUGAAACUGGAGAUUGAGAAGAGACAGCAGGAAAACCUUUUACAGUCAGUGCUUCCUGUGUACAUCUCCAUGAAGAUGAAGUUGGCCAUAAUGGAGCGCUGCAAGUGUAAAGAUAGAGAGGAACAGCAGCGUAUGGUCCGUGACAACAACUUCCACAGUCUUUAUGUGAAGAGACAUGAGAACGUCAGCAUCCUAUAUGCUGACAUCGUGGGUUUCACACGUUUGGCCAGUGACUGUUCUCCUAAGGAGCUUGUGAUUAUGCUGAAUGAACUUUUUGGGAAAUUUGACCAGAUUGCAAAAGAGAAUGAGUGUAUGCGGAUCAAAAUUCUUGGUGACUGUUAUUACUGUGUGUCUGGCCUCCCUGUUUCCCUGCCAAAUCAUGCCAAAAACUGUGUUAAGAUGGGCCUGGAUAUGUGCGAAGCCAUCAAGCAGGUGCGUGAGGCCACGGGUGUGGAUAUAAACAUGCGAGUAGGUGUGCACUCUGGAAACGUCCUCUGUGGUGUGAUUGGCCUACGGAAAUGGCAGUUUGAUGUGUGGUCACAUGAUGUCACCCUAGCCAAUCAUAUGGAGUCAGGUGGAUUACCAGGACGAGUUCACAUCACAGAGGCGACUCUGAAGCACUUGAACAGAGCGUAUGAGGUGGAGGAGGGGAAUGGUCACCUGAGAGACCCCUACCUUAAAGAGCUUAACGUCAAGACGUACCUGGUCAUAGACCCGCGGUCAAAAGACUCAUCACUGAUGGCUCCCAAUGUCACCAAGCCUCGUGAUGGUUUGAAGAUGCGAGCAUCUGUGCGUAUGACACGCUUCCUGGAGUCGUGGGGGGCUGUCAAACCUUUUGCCCAUCUGCAGAGCCGCGAGGAAUUCAGCACAGAUGCGAUGGUCAAUGGAAAGGGUCGCUGCAAGGAUAUCCCUCUUAGACCAGUACAGACCAAAAUUACUGAAAGGAAUAAAUCACAGAAGACUAAGUUUGACGAGGAACUUCAUGACAAGAUGACCACCACCAUCAAUGAUUUGAGCUCCAGCAAGCACUGGGUGAAGUCUGAAGAGACCUCCGGCCUCACAAUGUGGUUUACUAAAAGAGACCUGGAAAAGCAGUACAGGACUAUAGAGAUGCCAAGUUUUAAAUACUACAUUGGCUGUGCCACCUUAAUCUUUUUAUGCAUCUUCAUCAUCCAGAUGUUUGUUACCCAGCAGCGUAAAAAUCUGGGGCUGGCGUUUGCGGUGUUGGCGUGUGUUCUGCUUUUGAUUCUGUGCAUCUGUUUUGCAGGUCAUAUACAGAGGAUGUUUCCAGAGAAGUUAAAAUCAUGUACGUGGCUCUCGGCUCUUUCAGAAGCAGUGGUUAAGAGACCUUUUAUGCGCCUCCCAUUGGCAACCGUGGCCACCGCAGUCAUAGUCAUCAUCGCCAUGUUCAACUUUUAUUUUAAAAACACAGAGAAUGUAUGCCACACUCUGCAACAAAAUAUCAGCAUCAAUCCUAAUUCUACUGUACAUGACCUUUCAUAUUUGCCUUAUUCUGUAUAUAAUUGUAUAUUGGCAUUGAUUGCCUGUGGCGUGUUCUUGAGGGUGAGUUUUGAGCUGAAGGUGGCCUACCUCUUCAUCGUCUCUACCAUUUCCUACAUCAUCAUCUUCUACUCUCGGGAAAAUCUCUUCAGCAGCUACAACUGGCUGCUGUACAGUAACCACAGCUGUGUGGAUGUCAGUUUGAUGCUGGGCAAUGCAGGACUUAUGAAGCACCCACAGCUCAUGAGCUGCAUCUACAUCACACUGUUCUUCUUUACCAUGCUGCUCAUAUCCCGCCAGAAUGAGUACUGCUGUCGUCAGGACUUCCUGUUGAAGAACAAGAACCUGGCCGAUAAGGAAGAAGUCGAGCUGUGCGAAAACCUGAACCGUCUCCUUCUGGAGAAUGUUCUCCCUGCACACGUGGCCGCUCUCUUCGUGGGCGAGAACAAAAAGAAUGAGGUGGGGCUGCUGUCCACUAUCUCUUUACUAAACCGGAAAUACAAGGACCUGUACUAUAAGUCAUAUGACUGUGUAUGUGUGAUGUUUGCCUCGGUGCCAGACUUCAAAGAGUUCUACACUGAGUGUGACAUAAAUAAAGAAGGACUGGAGUGUUUGAGGCUCCUCAAUGAGAUCAUCGCCGACUUUGAUGAGUUGCUGUCUAAGCCCAAGUUCAGUGGUGUGGAGAAGAUUAAAACCAUCGGGAGCACGUACAUGUCUGCUGCAGGACUGAGUGGACCUCCAGAACAAAGCAGCCAGGACCGUGAGAGGCAAAAUGCUCAGAUAGGAAACAUGGUGGAAUUCGCCAUUGCUCUGAUCGGCAAGCUGGACGGCAUCAACAGACACUCCUUCAACACGUUCAGGCUUCGUGUUGGUAUAAACCAUGGCCCAGUGAUUGCAGGGGUGAUUGGAGCCAGGAAACCACAGUAUGAUAUCUGGGGAAACACUGUGAAUGUUGCCAGCCGGAUGGAAAGCACCGGAGAGCUGGGUAAAAUACAGGUGACAGAGGAGACGUCUGAUGUCCUGCAGAAGCUGGGCUAUUCAUGUGAGUGUCGUGGCCUGAUCAAUGUGAAGGGCAAAGGAGAGCUCAAAACCUUCUUUGUGUGCACAGAUUCCAGCAAACAGCAGGGCAUCGGUCUGAGCUGAGACUGAAGCCUCUGCCGCUGACAGCUUCAAACACACACGCGCACAUACACACAGACUCCGGAACCUAUAUGUGAUCUCUUUGUUUUCAUUUAAGAAUGUUUUAUUGCUACUGGAUUUGUUUCUUUAGAGCAUGUCUAAAGAACUGCACAUUCUUUCAAACUCGAACAUGUUGGAGUUUGUUUUGGCAGCAUUUGGAGAACUGAAACCCUCCGACAUACAGCAGCAUAUGCAUACACACAUCUCACAUGAACACAAGCUGAACUUUGCGAUACUCUUAUGGGAAACUGAGCUCGGUGAAGGAAAAUACUGGUUCUCGGUAUUGCUCUCAGACUUUCUGGGUACUGCUGUCAUAGUGGCCUUGAUCCUGUUGGAUUUAGACUGAUUUGGGAUGACUGAGCUGGUCGGACGGUUUUGGCUUGCAGGUAGAGGGAACACGUGACUCACACAAACUCAUCACCGCAGACGUUAAGAUAUCUAGAAUUUCUUUACUCAUUUAAAAUAGUAUGCAUCUUAAUAUAAAUCUUUCUGUCAACUUUUGGACCAACAAAAUGGUGGAUGAUUUGAUUUUUUUGGUUUGUUUUCUUAAAAAAAAAAAAAAAAAACAUCUGCCAAGUGUUCUGAAUGUCAAAUCUUGACAAGCAGUGUUGAUUUGCUGUUGCCUUUGAGUUGAGAUUGUGAAUGUUGGAGAUGAGCCUUCCUUAGCUUCAUAACGUGCUACAAACGAAAACUAUUAAGAGAUGUUUACAUAUACCGGGAAAAAAUAUCAAUAAUGGAAAUUCAGUUUACUUUAAGUGAAUGUGUGCUUUCAUCUUUUUUAGUCUUAGACCUUGACCAAAUGGCUCUGUGGCUUCCCUCAUCUGAAGUUGGAUGUAUUCAUGCAUCUACGCUUACAUUGCAGUAGACGGUCUCUGCUUCUGUUCUGUGAGAAUGCUUGGUGAAAGUGGGAAGUGUCUGUCUGAUGAAGCCAUAGGCAUACAUGUUCAAUUGAGAUUGAAAAUCUUAUGCGCCUCUCUGGGUUUUCAGAGUGUUACAGUGACUGAAUUUACAUGAUUUGGUGAUUCUCCGCUGCCUUUCUGUACCGCAGUGUUUGUGAGGAAUGCUCUGUUUUGUAUGCAUUGCUACAGAAUAAAUCAUUUUACACUUUA